UUAAUUUAUAUAAAUCAAUAAUGGGCUAUUGGCAAUUGAUUAUUAAUUAUCAAAAAAGCGUAGUAGGUUAACCAGUUCACAUACUGGUCUCGAUUCCACAGACCAGAAUAACAACAUCAGAAUGACCUCCGAAGAUCUCCUUCAACCAGGGCAUGUCGUAAAAGAGAGAUGGAAGGUUGUAAGAAAAAUCGGAGGUGGCGGGUUUGGCGAAAUAUACGAGGGUACGGAUCUUGUAAGUCGAGAACAGGUGGCAUUAAAAGUGGAAAGUGCCAGGCAACCAAAACAAGUAUUAAAAAUGGAGGUAGCCGUAUUAAAAAAAUUACAGGGACGUGAACAUGUUUGUCGUUUUAUCGGUUGUGGACGGAAUGAUCGUUUUAAUUAUGUUGUCAUGCAAUUACAAGGUCGUAAUCUUGCUGAAUUACGGCGUUCACAAGCACGUGGUGCAUUUAGUUUGUCAACAACAUUACGACUUGGUUUGCAAAUUUUAAAAGCAAUAGAAAGUAUACAUGCCGUUGGAUUUUUACAUCGUGAUAUUAAACCUAGUAAUUUUUCAAUGGGUCGUUUACCUCAUAAUAGUCGACGCGUAUAUAUGUUAGAUUUUGGAUUGGCACGACAAUACACAACAAGUAAUGGAGAAGUGAGAGCACCACGUGCUGCUGCUGGUUUUCGUGGCACUGUGCGCUAUGCUUCAUUAAACGCACACAGAAAUCGGGAAAUGGGUCGUCACGACGAUCUAUGGAGCUUAUUUUAUAUGUUAGUUGAAUUUGUAAAUGGACAAUUGCCUUGGAGGAAAGUUAAAGAUAAGGAACAGGUGGGAUUAAUGAAAGAAAAAUAUGACCAUAGACUAUUGUUAAAGCAUUUACCAUCAGAUUUACGACAAUUCCUCGAACAUAUACAAAGUUUGGAGUAUGCUGAUAAACCAGACUAUCAGAUGCUAAUCGCUUUAUUUGAACGAUGUAUGCGACGACGUGGUGUUAAAGAAUCAGAUCCAUACGAUUGGGAGAAAAUUCCACAAAGCUCUCCGAAUAUUAUUAAUCCUAGUCAUACUCACCAAUCACAGCAGGUGGCGAAUGUGACAACCGGUAAUGUCACAGCAAUUACGGAACAGCCAGCUGUCAGUAUGACCACAAAUCAUUUACGUGAACGGCAUGGUUGCGGUCGAUUCUUUGGUGGGCGUGAUAAUCAAGAAAAUGUCGAACCGACUGACAAUAAAGAAGCACAAUUGGAAUCAUCACGGCGACGAGUAGACGAUACAACAACAGCCUUAGCAACGGAAACUCAACCAAUUCCUCGUGCACCGGCUACAGUGAGCGUAGAUAAAAAUCAUAAUGCUACGGGCGUUGUACCAAAUGCAUGGAAUAAUGUAGUUGAUUUUAAAUCAAAUCAAGUUGAUGGUAGUCCAAAGAAAAGGCGCACAACCAGUAAUGUGGAACAAGAUUCUGGUGCUGGAGAUCGUGUCGUGGAUAACGAUGUGGAUGUUGUUGUUGCAUCGGCUCGUUCAAGUUCUGAUACCAAUCAAAAAGGCAAUCGAAAUAAUCCAAGUGUUGUACGAUUACGUGUUAUGACAGCACCGGCAACGGUGAGUGAGUUUGCUGCCGCACAGCCGCAGACCCCCACUACAACAGAACUAGCUUCCCCUCGGGUACUUACCGAGACCGCAACACCACCUCCCUUAUCGAGCUUGGGAACGGGAAAAGGUGAUCCAAAUCUUGUACUAAAUAGUAGCGAUCGUGGACGACAAGGUUCCGCUUCCAAACAACAACAACGUCGUAGCCGCAGUGUUCGAGGUGAUCACUCUGUUACACAAUUUGCCGUUAUUGACGACGAUAAUGUGUCACAACAAGUGACUCGUUACGGUGGUGGUGCUUUAACAUUAGCUAGUCAAUGGAAAUCACAAUUUGAUGAUAGUGAAGAGACGACGGACAAUGAUUGGAAACCAGAAAGUCCAGAACAUCGUGCUCAAAAUCAACUAGUAUCAUUUGCCUUAAGUGAAACACCAAAUCAUCGGGGUAGUAAUACGUUAUUAGCGAAUGAAAAUGCUAAUAAAAUAUUACCACCCGAUGAAACAAAUCAAAAGGAUUGUAUAAACAAUAUUAAUGAAGCAAUUGCAUCCGAUGUUACGAAUAAAAUUGCUCAAUUAAGUAUUGUUAAUGGCGGGUGUACAGGUGGAGGGGGUACACCACCUGAGUCUGGUGUGAUUGAGAAUAAGCAAUUAAGUGUAACUAAACGACUUGAAAAACCUCUUUCGAAAAUUAGUGAAGAUAGUGAAGCCAAAGCGUCUAUGUUAUUAUCACGAUGUCGAUCGUCACCGUGCGUGGGUGAUGUUAUACGUACAGGUUUAUCGCCGCCAUUAUUACAACAAGCUGCAUUUGAUGAAGCGUUAUUCUUGUGGGAUGUUGUACGAAAUAUUGCUAAACGUUGUGAUCCGGAUAAUGUUGAUAGUCAUGCUGAACGUUUGCGAAAACUUAGUUUACCGAUAAUGCACCUUAAUGAAAUAGUAGAUGAAGUAGAACCCGUCCAACCAGUUACAGGUCGAUUAGAAAUUCAUGUGCUUCCAUCUGGUGGCAGUGGUACUAACGGCGUACCUGUACCCCCACCUAGUCAACCACCAACAUUGGAUCCACAUUUACAAACAACCGUAAUCACAUCUAGUCCAGCAUCAAGCGUUGCCCAACCAAAAGAAACUACUCCUGCAGCUGGGGAAGGCAUGACUGAAGAUAAUGUCCAUGAACCUGAACCUACAAAUGAAGUAGCUGAAAACCAUCAAGCCGAAGCUGAAACAAAUGAAAACAAAGUUGAGGAAAAUUCCACUGGGGAAAAGAAAGAUGAUAAUAUUAAAAAAUUAUCACCUGAAUCAAAUGUUGUUUUAAACUCUGAAACAAAUCAAUCUUCGGAAAGUACUCUAAAAACUGCCAGAGAAAAUAAACAAUCGCCGGAUAAAGAUAUUCAUCCGGAAAUACGAAGCAGUAAAGGGAAUCGUGACUUAUUAAAUGAUAAACAAAAAAUUGAGUUACAAAGAACUCGUAGUGGUGCAGCUUUAAAUGGUAGCUAUAAAUUAAGUCCUGGAUUGGAUGAUACAUCUAUUUAUUAUGAUGCAUCCGAGAAUAAUAUGCUAUUAAAACGCGAGAAUUCUUCACCUCAUGAGAAUAGUGGAAUAUUGUUAGGCGGUCAUCGUCGUUCUUUCGAUAUAGAUAAUUUGGAUCAAAUCGAUGAUCAUAAUAAGACUAAUGAACAUAGUUCGAAGGAUAAGGAAUUAUUAAUUAGUGAUAACUCAUCUCGAAGUCGUAUUCCCGUAUCGAAUGCACGGCUCUCAAAAUGUUUAUCAUGGUCAGGUCCUCCAAGCAUGGAUAUGAAUUCCGUAAGCUAUGGAUCAUUAGCAUCAGUUCCUCAACCAGGUUUAGGUAACGAAUUAACACCAGCAUUACGAAGACGCCGAAGACAACUUAGUGAUAAAUACGUUACAGAUCCAUCACAAUUAAAUUUACGCUUCACACGACCUGGUUCAACAGACUUAACAAGAACGCGUGUACGUGGUAUACCAACAAAUUUACUAGCACCACGUUGUACAACAUCUUCAACACCGUCUGGUGGUGGUAGCAUAACACCACCGCUAACAUCUGCACAACAAACAACAAAUUCAACAUCAGUGACAACAACAACAAGUGAACGUGGUGAAACACGCCGACGAUAUCGACCCGUGGUCAAAUCUAGACGCUGUGAAAUUUUGUACAAGGUAUGUGAGCAUAUUGAUGAAAAAUAAUGCUAACCAAAAUUUUAUUAUACAAUGAACAAUUUUCUCUCUGGAUACAUUUACAACAUCCGCAUCGUCCUUAAAAUAAAUCCGAUCGAUCUCUCUAUCAGUUUAAAUAAAAUUCCAUACAUCAUCCUGUCCAAUUUUCAUCACCGAAAAUCUUUUACAAUAUUUUAAAAAUGUAAGUAAAUUUGCUCUCUUUAUUCAAAAGGAGUUUGUUCCAUUUUUACAGUUCUAGAACCAAUUAGGCGUGCGACAUAACAAAAAAAAGUAAUUUUGGGUCUUUUAAAAUGAUCAUUAAUUAUGGACUUUAAAAUUCCAAGUACUUUCGAGGUAGCUAGAGUUACGAGUACUCUACAGGUCUGAUUGUCUCGAUUUUAUAACGUCGGCAAUGUUUAGGGUUAUAAUUUUACGUGAUAGUUACACGUAUCAAGCACUGAUGAAAACAAAACUUAAAUUUGAAAUAAUUAAAUUUUUCCUCCUUCAGUUCUUUAUGAACUUGAAAUGGUCACAGAUUAAAAAAUUGAAGUUUGUCACUGAAAUUUAUCAAAUUUCAAAUCUGUCAGAAUCGAGAAGUAUAAAAAUAAAGCGAGGCGGGACGAUUUUAAAACAUCGAGGAUUUCUAAACGGUUAUUAAUUUAUGUAUGCGUGUGGGAGAGUGUAACUUCAGCGAACUUUAAGGGUUGUUUAAUUACUCCGAAGCUAAACCUUAUGGACUAAGUUUAUAACUAUACUUAUAAUGGGGUGCUUUCGGGAUGAAAAUAUUCGAGAUAAAGUAAGAAUUAAAUUCUUUUUAAAAUUUUUAAAUUCUAGAACUUCAAAUUGUAACAAACUUUAAAACUUUAGACCAGUUAUAAGAAAAUUUCCAUUCGAUACGAUCGGAUACCGAUAUAUUAUAACUUUUUUGGUGUAUUUUGCCAUGGUAUCCAAUAAAAUCAGCUCUGAAUAAAUAUGGUUCUUAAGAUAUCAACAUCAUAAGGCUCAAAUUUAAAAUCCGAUGGACGGAUUGGCUUUUAAUGUUUAAAAUUCCUUUGGGAUAUCUUUGUAAGGCAGAUAAAACUCGUAGCUUAUAUUUUUGGGCGGCGUUUGGAAGGAAAUUUUCAUAAUUCGCAUCUGAAUAACACCAAGAAAUGUAAUAAUAAAAAAGUAUCUGAGCGGUACAAGCAAACCAUUUUCUUUAAUCUAUGAAUCAAAAGCGUAGUAAUUUUUCAUAAUUUUUACAGCAUAUUUAUAUUUAGGUCCAUUACUCCCAUAUCGUGCCAUCCUCCUCCAUCCACACAAAAAACGCCCACCUUCUCUUAUAUUAUAUAAAUGACGUAUAUAGAUAUUUUAAAAUGUUAUAUAAUUAUUUAUUUUUGUUUUUUUUUUCUUCGAUUUUGUUGUUAAUAAUAAUUUUUUAAUUUUGUGAUUUGAUAAUUAUAUAAAAUACUACGACACACACACAGACACACGCGUACACGAACAUAAUUUAUACACACUCGAUAGAAACAAAAAAAAAAUAGUGGAAAUGAAAAAAAAAAGCAACGAACAAUUGCCGCCGCCAUUGUGCUAUAAAAAAAACCGCUGCUUUAAUUGUCAUUUGUUUCAUUAUUAUUUUUGUCUU